AAUGUCAGUUUAUCAAGAAACACCAUCGUCGACCGAGUGAAGGAACUAGCAGAAAAUCUUACAACACAGCUGGCCGAGGAGACACGCAGCUACACAGCUUUUUCAUUAGCUGUUGAUGAAAGCACAGAUAACACGGACACAGCGCAGUUAUCAAUUUUUAUUAGAGGCGUAAAGUCGGACCUCUCUAUCACUGAGGAGCUGUUGGAUGUGGCUGCAAUGCAUGGGACCACGACGGGACAGAACAUUUUUGAUGCGGUAGAGAAGUCCGUAAGUAAAAAUGCAUUGCAGUGGGAAAACUUGGUAGGAUUAACUACAGACGGUGCACCGGCAAUGUGUGGAGGAAAAGUGGGCUUGGUUGGACUAAUGAAGGGGAAAAUGCAAAAAAUGAACUGUCACACGCCUUUGAUAACGUAUCAUUGCAUUAUCCAUCAAGAAGCUUUGUGUGGGAAGGUGCUGGGGAUGGAGGACAUUGUGACCACAGUCAUGAAAACAGUGAACUUCAUUCGGGCGCGUGGCCUGAAUCACCGUCAGUUCCAGCAGUUUUUGCUGGAGAUGGGCUCGGAACACGGGGAUGUGCUGUACCAUACAGAAGUGCGGUGGCUGAGUAGGAGCAAAGUCCUCAAGCGAUUUUUCGAGCUCAGGAAAGACAUUGCUCUUUUUAUGCAGAGUAAAGGAAAACUCAUGUCUGAACUAUCAGAUCCAAAGUGGAUGUGUGACUUUGCUGUGUUGUGUGACAUAACCGACCAUCUCGCCCAGCUGAAUCAGAAGCUGCAGGGACGCAAACAAGUCAUCACGCAGAUGUCCGACACGAUCACGGCUUUCCAGCGUAAAUUGGACUUAUGGAUGUGGCAAGUGAAACAGGACAAUCUUGUUCACUUUCCUGUUUGUCAGAGCAUGUCAGCCUCAUUUCCCGAGACUUUUUCAUGUGCUCAGUUGGCUACCAAACUGAGCUGGUUAAAGACUGAGUUUGAUCGGCGCUUCUCUGACUUCAGAGCACAACAGUCUGGCUUUGACAUCUUUGCCAAUCCUUUCACCACCGAUGUCUGCACUGCACCCCAACACCUUCAGAUGGAGCUAAUUGAGCUUCAAAGCGACAGUGGCCUGAGAGCAAAGUUUCAGGAUGCUACAAUCCAGGACUUUUACCGUCUGCUGCCUCCUGGUUUGAUGCCACAGCUUCGACUUCAUGCUGCCCGUGUUCUGUCCAUGUUUGGGAGCACCUAUCUGUGCGAACAGUUUUUUUCCAUAAUGAAUCUGAACAAAAACAAGCACAGAUCACGCCUCACGGAUGACAACCUCCAUGCUGUUCUACGCAUUGCCUCAGCACAGGACCUAAAACCAGACAUUGACACACUGGUAACGGGAAAACGGUGUCAGACAUCUGGUCAGAAAACACACAGAACAUGAUCAAUCGAUAGUAGAGAGAGAAUCCACUUGGUGUGUUCAAGGACAGGCAGCAUCUCCUCAUCAAAGACUAACCGAAAAACUUGACCAAUAUAGUUGUGAACUGAGUCAACCUUUAUUUUGGUAUUUUUAGUUGAUUACAUAUUAUUUAUGUGUAGCUGCUGUAGUAAUUAUUUAAUGUUUGCAGGUUUAUGUGUGUAUGCAGACAAAUUGUUGUCAUCAAACCAUCAGUUGGGUGCACGGCUGUGUGCAGCCUUUUUUUGUAAAAUGCAUUAAAUAC